AUGGCGCGCGACUGGUGCACUCAAAAUGAAAGAAACAAUUGUCAACUACGCUUACUAGGCCAAAUAAUAAACAAUCCACAGUACAAUCGCCCUAAUGUGUCUGAAGUUGCUGUUCUUAUCACAAACGACUUUGGGGAAAACUCCGAACCACGUGAUGUUAUCGUCAGUACAAAGCACGGCGCGCUUCAACGGAUAUCAGAAUUACAUCAACUUUACAUGCCUUUGCAGUAUCCGUUGUUGUUUCCGUACGGAGAGACCGGGUUCCACGAGCGAAUACGCUACCAUGACAACACCGGACGUGGGGCGACUAAACGACAAUGUGUCACGAUGCGGGAAUACUACUGCUACAGAAUCCAUUAUCGCAACAACGAAGGCACCACCCUGUUAAGAGGCGGUCGUUUAUUCCAACAAUAUUUGGUUGACUCAUACGCAGCCAUCGAAGAACAAAGGUUGCGCUGGAUGAGGAAUAACCAAAAUGAGCUGCGCGUUGAGCUCUAUCAUAAUGUUUGUGACGCUGUGACGCGUGGGGAUACAAAUGCUGAGGCUAUCGGGCAACGUAUAGUUUUGCCGGCAACCUUUAUGGGCAGUCCAAGAUAUAUGAUCCAAAAUUACCAAGACGCCAUGGCUCUGUGCCGUGCUUUUGGGAACCCCGACCUGUUUGUAACGUUUACAGCUAACCCAAAAUGGCCUGAAAUCGAAGACAUGGUAUCUCUCAUACCAGGGCAAAAGUCUCAUGACCGUGCAGAUGUUGUAUCACGCGUUUUUAAGCUAAAGCUGACCUUCUUGAUUGAAGAUAUUAUGAAGAAACAAAUCUUUGGUAGCUGCAAAGCAGUUGUUUACAAAAUUGAGUUUCAAAAACGAGGCCUACCGCACGCGCACCUUUUGUUGUGGCUUAAACAUUCUGCCGCGUCUCGCACGCCUGCUGGUAUAGAUGAUUUGAUUUCAGCAGAGAUUCCAUCAGAAAUUGACGAUCCAUCCGGCUAUAAGGCUGUAACAGAUUACAUGUUGCAUGGUCCAUGUGGGAAUGAUGCGCGCAGCGCUCCGUGUACAACAGAUGGAAAAUGCAUGAAACACUUUUCGAAACCAUUUUAUCGAGAAACGACAAUUGACGAAGAUGGUUACCCGGUUUAUCGACGACGAGAUACCAAGAUCUUCUUUAAGAAGGGCAAAACGAUGCUUGACAACCGGUUUGUCGUCCUAUACAACCGUUAUCUCCUCUUAAAGUACGAAUCGCACAUCAAUGUUGAAUGGUGUAACCAGUCCCGAGCAAUAAAAUACCUGUUUAAAUACUUAAACAAGGGGCCAGACAGGGCUACAAUGGUUGUUCAGGAAAACAUUGGCAAUGAUGGUGAAAAGCGUACACAACAGACUGUUAAGGUCGAUGAGAUUAAAAACUAUCUGGAUUGCCGAUACUUAUCGCCAUGUGAAGCUGUGUGGAGAAUGCUUGCAUUUCCUAUACAUUACUCAUUCCCAUAUGUCAUGAAGCUAACGUUCCAUACACCUAAUCAACAUCUGCUCACAUUACGUGAUUCGGACAGCUUGUCAGCCCUGUUAAACCGGGACGGGAUACAAGACACAAUGUUCACCCAAUGGUUUGCGCUAAACAACAGAGAUGAAGCGGCAAGAAAGUUAACGUACGCCGAGAUACCAACAAGGUAUGUGUGGCAAGAGGAUAACAAGGUAUGGAAAACGCGGUUGGAGCGGACAGCCAUUGGGCGGAUUGUGUAUUGCAAUCCAGCAGCUGGGCCAAAGUAUUAUCUAAGGAUGUUGUUGGGAAUUGUGAGAGGGCCCCGAAGUUUCGAAGAAAUAAAAACGGUCGACGGAGUCGUGUAUGCAACGUUCAAAGAAGCCUGCUAUGCGUAUGGCUUGCUUAAUGAUGACAAGGAGUGGAAUGACACCCUUUCAGAGGCUAAAUUAUGGGCGUCCGGUUCCCAGCUACGGGAAUUGUUUGUUACCAUGUUGUUGUUUUGCGAAGUGAACCGCCCGGCACAACUGUGA